UGCGGAAAUUCCACCUUAAGGUGCCCACCCCAGAUAUUCUGACACAGUCCAAUCGCCCCCCUCUCCAGUCACCUGAUUCUCACACUGCCAUUUUGCGCGGAGCGUCCGACCGUUAACUAUAGGAAAUUGGAAUUGUUGCUUCAUCAAAGAUGUCAUCGAGGAGAUGCCGAAUUCUCACAUUUAGGACCACUGCUGCAACUGUUCGACUGGGAUAAUAGCCACAUAAUAUUUCGUAUUCUCAGUAGCGCAUGCAUUUAUAUAACGCGUAAGGGCGCUCGCUGAAGGAAUUUGGGAAAUGAUGCUUGGUAUCAAAUUCCGUGAUGCACCGACUCCGCGCAUGCAAUGAAGCAGAGCGAGAUUUCCGCUGCUAGACGUCGAGAACGCUCCGAAUUUCAUUUUCGUUCGCCGAGAUCGUAGCUAGCUUCGUUCUUCAAACAGCAAUCACAUGGUUAACCGGCAACACCGGAGGCUAGCGAGUAACAUAGUGUCAUUUUUGCGCGUGGUGAACGGAUAGGCCUAUUUAAAUAACGAUCGGUCAUUAUAUUGUCAUCGUUUCAGCGCGCGGUGAUUGCCGUUAUCUGAAUGUCAGAGCAUCCUCGCCCGUGUCCGGUUCGUAUCAGGCUAGCGCUCUCCGCAAGACCGACUAAGCCCACGGAGCGGGCUCCCACACACCCCUGCAGCGAAUAGAUUUGUUUGAGAGACGAUUUAUUGAAAAUCGUAAUAUGUCGGGACAGUCCAUCACGGACCGGAUCGCCGCGGCUCAGCACAGCAUGACCGGAUCUGCCAUCAGCAAAGCCGUGUGCAAGGCCACGACCCACGAAGUCAGCGCGCCCAAGAAGAAGCACCUUGAUUAUCUAAUGCACUGCACCAAUGAGCUGAACGUGAAUAUACCUCACUUGGCUGACACAUUGUUUGAGAGGACAGCGAAUCAGAGCUGGGUGGUGGUCUUUAAAGCUCUCAUCACUACACACCACCUCAUGAUGUACGGCAACGAGAGGUUUAUCCAGUACCUUGCAUCAAGAAGCACACUGUUUAACUUGAAUAAUUUCGUAGAUAAAGGCGCAUUACAAGGUUAUGAUAUGUCCAUCUACAUUAGACGUUACAGCAGGUAUCUGACUGAGAGGGCUCUGUCCUACAGACUCGUCGCAGCUGAUUUCACCAAGAUGAAGAGAGGGACGGAUGGAGUGAUGCGCAGUAUGAGCAUAGAAAAGCUGAUGAAGACUCUACCUGUCGUUCAGAAUCAGCUGGAUGCCCUUCUGGACUUUGAGGCCAGCUCUAAUGAACUGACCAAUGGGGUGAUCAAUUGUGCCUUCACGCUGCUCUUCAAGGACUCUAUCCGCAUAUUUGCUGCUUACAAUGAGGGUGUCAUUAAUCUGCUAGAGAAAUAUUUUAAUAUGAAGAAGAAUCAAUGCAAAGAGGCGCUGGAAAUAUACAAGAGGUUUCUUACCAGGAUGACCAAGCUCUCAGAGUUUCUCAAGGUGGCAGAGCAAGUUGGAAUUGAUCAGGUUGACAUCCCAGAUCUCUCACAGGCUCCCAGCAGUCUCUUAGAAGCUCUGGAACAACAUCUGGCUUCUCUGGAGGGCAAGAGAAUGAAAGAGGCCUCUACCGGCAGCAGGGAGGUGGAGGGUGACAGACUACAGCCUGCAAAGGCUGUUCAGCUCAAAGACAUUGGCAUGCAAACCCCAACAAUAUCCCCCAGUGGCCAGUCUGUGGGCAGUGCCAACAGUAGCUGCACCAGCAGCGGUGCCACCGAGCUUCUGUCCAGUCCACCUGAUCUCACCAUCACAAACGGAGUGCACAACUUCGCCACUGACCAUUUUGAUCUCCAACACAAUUGCAGCACCCCUGCUCAGACACCCAGUAACAACAGCUGGGGAGGUGCCCUUUUGAAGCCCGCCCUCUCCUCACAGGUCCAAAGUCAAGGCACACAGUUCUACAAUGGAGGAAAAUUACUUACUAAUGAUCUGGACUCGUCCUUGGCCAAUCUCAUGGGCAAUUUACACUUUGGAGGACCCCCAGCCAAAAAGCCAGAAGUUCAGUGGACUCAUUUUGAGAAGAAAUCAUCUGGAGGUUCCCACUGGCAGUCUAAAGCCAUGAAUGGCACGGCACCCUGGAGCCACACACACCUGGCCCCUGCUCCCAUACCGAUGCCACAGAUGAAUGGGAUGUUUUAUACUGGCUAUGCACCAGCUCCAGUUGCAUUUCCAAUGACAACCCCCCAAGUGCCUGUGUAUGGGAUGAUUCCUCCCCCUGUGGGCCAGAUGGGGUCAAUGCCCUUAAUGGCUCCCCAGCCUGUGAUAUAUAACCAGCCCAUCCUGCGCACCACCAAUCCAUUCACCCCAAUGCCUGGAGCUCAGAUGCACUUCAUGUAGCACUGAGGAGCAUGAUGAACUGACACAUAUGCCCAAGGAAAAACAUCAUCCAAUCCAAAACCAAAAAUGGCAAGGCAGACAUGAGAAACGGUUCAACUGGGUCAAAGAGACUGAAGAUGUUCAUGUGGCAUUUUCCCCUUUAGCCCGUGUGUUUGUAACAUACCCCUCCAUCCAGCAACAUAACAGUCCUCCGUCAUUUUACAUGUUACCUUUAAUUUCUAAGUGUCAAAAUCUAGUGUUUUUAGGCAGCCCUCUUUGAUGAUGUCACUGGCUGAUGCAAACGGAAUGACAGUGUACAGUGAAUUGCAGUGGAAUGAAAAGUUGUCAUGAUGUCAAGCCCCUCCCCCCGUUUGGAAAAGUGAUUGUUGUAAUUGUGCACACUUAAUUCAAUGUUUAUAAUGUCUAAACCAAGCCACGGUUUUGUAUGCACAUUGCCUGAAUAGUGUUUCGAAUCAACCACUGUCAAUGUUGAUUGUGCCACAGUGGCUGGCAUCCCAAUUUCUUGAGUCUUGGAGAAAUGUGUACAGGUCACUUUUCGUACAUUUGUCUCGUCCCCAAACAUUUUGGAUUUCACCUUAAAAGUUUGAUUCGUUUCUACAUGACUUGUAAUGCCUCAUUCAGGUAUGGUAAGGUAUGGCUGUUUGGAUUAAAGUAAAAUACAGCAUUA